CCCGUUGCAUCUUUUACUAGCUGGUUUUUGCGUCUGCGCUCGUCCGCGUUCUGCCAGGUGCCAGCAGGAGAAGAGCAGAUUUUAGCAGAGCAGCAAGGGUGAAGCUUCGCUCAUCGCUAUGCAGCCCGUCAAGGUGUACGCCGACCGGCGGUCGCAACCCUCCCGAGCUGUCAUCAUCUUCUGCAGGGUGAACCAGAUCGAUUUCGAGGAGGUCACGGUGGAUCUGUUCAAGUCUCAGCACCUCACCCCCGAAUUCAGAAAAGUAAACCCCAUGGGACAGGUACCUGCAAUUGUUGAUGGAAGAUUCAAACUAUUUGAAAGUCAUGCUAUUUUGAGGUAUCUUGCAUCGGUGUUCCCUGGAGUAUCAGAUCACUGGUAUCCUGCUGACUUGUUCACUAGAGCCAAAAUUGAGUCAAUCUUGGAUUGGCAUCACACGAAUUUGCGUCGUGGUGCAGCAACCCUUGUACAGCACACUGCAUUGGCUCCCUUUCUUGGUCUUACGACAAGCCCUGAGGCUGUAAAACAAGCAGAGAAACUUCUAAUGCAGUCACUGGGGGUGAUUGAAUCGGUGUGGCUGAAAGGUGAUGCAAAGUUCUUGCUAGGUAACCCCCAGCCAUCGAUUGCAGAUCUGAGCCUUGUUUGUGAGAUAAUGCAAUUGGAGAUCCUUGGCGAUGAGGUCCGUGACCGAUUUAUGGGAGCUCAUGAGAAGAUCCUCAUCUGGAUGGAUAACGUGAAGAAAGCCACGAGCCCUCAUUUUGAGGAAGUCCACGAGCUCCUUUUCCAUGUGAAGGCACGCAUGCUGCAAAGCAAGGCUGCCGCAUCAAACCAGGCUUUUGAGCCAAGCACAAAGCUCAAAAUAGCAUCGAAGCUCUGACCAAAGGGGCAAGGGUUGUGCUUGUUCAGUUGUUCUAGGGUUGAACCCUUAAAAGAAGGGGAAACAUACUGUUGUAAUAAGUAUACAGAGUACUCCAGGCCUCCCUCCAGGGAAAGCAGAAUAAGCGACAGAACAUUGUGGUGCAUUUUGUGGACACCCUACCGAAUGGGUUAUGGAAAGAGAACAAAACUGGACUUGUAUAGUUGUAUAUGAGAAUUGGUUAUUCAUUCACAAAUGUACGAUUUUUCCUACUACA